AUGCCAGAAACCUCGAACACACGUCCAUUAAAUAACAUGGCAAUACAAGACAUAUUGACAGAAGAGUCUCCUCCUCCGUAUACGCCAAGUCCUAAUGCAGGAGAACAAUCUGUUGCGUUUGGCCCUUCUCGGCCAUGGGCAGGAGGCCAAAUGCAACCUACAUAUCGACCUCAGCAUCCACAAGGAAUGAGGCCCCCGCAACCUAUGUAUUAUAGCCAACCCGCACAAUCAACAUAUACAGUCGUCUCGUCCUCGGGAUUUUCAAAUACUCAUACACUAACAUAUCCCCAUGGACAUUAUUGUUACAAGUGCCGGAACACUGGAUUUAAAAAACCUGGGAAAGCAUGUAGGGAUUGCUGGUCUAGAUUUAGUACUCCUACAGCAGCGGGUCAGUACCAUGCACAAGGUUAUUCCAGACCAGCAAUCGCUCAAGCAGCUCCCGGAGCAGGGGCAGGCAGAGGAUAUGUUCAGUAUUCUCAGCCCGGCAAUCCUCAACUUGGAGGAAGAUUAUGUCCAGUGUGUAGAGGUCCCGGUAAUGUAAAAAUACCGCUAUUGGGAACGCAAUUAUGUCCAUCGUGCAAAGGUGUUGGGAGAGUAUAUGGUGGUGUAUAUUGA